AUGGAGUCGCAGAGGGAAGACGGAUCAGUGCAGUCUUUGACGAGAAGGGCUGAUUUUUUUGCAUCGCGGGCGAGGUAUUCGGAAGCCCUUCCCUUGGUGGACGAGGCUUUGCGGAUAGAGCCCGCCAGACCGGACUUGCAUCUUGGGCGAGGCCAGUGCCUCGAGCACCUGGAGAAGUUGGAUGAUGCCUUGUUGUGCUACGAGGCAGCUCUCCGUCUAGAUGCGCAGUGCGUGGCCGCUCAGCGGAACAAGGCUCUCCUGCUAGCAAAGCAACAAAGGUGGCAUGACGCUGCAGGUUCCUUCCGCGAGGCUCUUCGGCUGGAGACGGCAUUGCCUGCCCAGAAGGAGAUGCGUCUGGACCUGGCUCGCUGCCUGACAGAGCACGCCAUUCAACUGAAGGCUGCUGGUCAGACCAGCCUCCAUGGUUUCCACGAGGCCAUCCAGGCCUGUGAGACGUAUGCACCUGCCUACUUCCAGCUCGGGGUCCACUACUCCGAGGCUCAGGACUCUGCCAAAGCCAAAGAGAUGUACACGAAAGCGGUUCAGCUCCAACCCGGGUACGUGAUGGCGCUGAACAACCUUGGUGUAGCAUGCAGGGAGCUUGGGGAGUGGGAGCAUGCUGUCGAAGCCUACGCUUUGGCACUGAAGGUCAACCAGAACUGCAGUAAGACCCGGGAAAACAUGGCCAUUGCUCUUUUGCAACUGGGCUGUCGGCACCUGGAAAGGAAGGAGCUGAAAGAGGCUGCGAAAGCCCUGAAGAAAGGGCUUUCCUUCAACUCCAGGAACGCGGACCUUUAUUUUAACCUGGGCGUGCUGUACGCCGAGAAGGAGAAGUGGGACCAAGCGAAGGUCAACUACGAGCUUGCCAUUCACUUUGAGCCAAGACACGCAAAUGCCCACAACAAUUUGGGCGUCAUCCACAGGCGCCUCGGAAACGUCGAGGCCGCCAUGAAGUGCUUUGAGGGUGCGUUGGAGGUGGACGGCAAGAUGAACCUGGCCAACAAGAAUCUUGGUGCCAUCUACGGCUCCAUGGGGCGCAUGGCGGAUGCCAUCCGCCUCACCCAACUGGCCAUUGAGUCUAGUCGACAGGAUGCGGAGGCCUACAACAACUUAGCAUUGCUCCUUCGAGAUCAGUGCGACGUCGAUGCCUGCCUUGAGAAUCUUGACCUCUGCAUCAGUCUCGAGCCGGAGAACCGGCAUGCGGACUCCAAUCGCCUCAUGUCUCUGAACUACCAGUCCGAAAGACUGCCAGAAGAGGUUUUCGAGGCACAUCGAAGCUGGGGCAGGUGCCUGGAACAGCGGAUUGGGCAGGCAUUUCACCGCUGGGACCAUGCACACAAGGGAGCUGCUGCUCCUUUGCGAGUCGGGUAUGUGUCUCCAGACUUCUACUCGCACUCGGUGUCUUACUUCAUCCAUGCAGCCUUGAAGUAUCAUGAUCCCGCCUUUGUUGAUGUCACCUGCUACAGCGACGUCGUCCUCGAGGAUGACAAGACGCGCCUUUUUCGCAGCCUGGUGCCUCGAUGGAGGAACAUUUGCGGCCGACGCGAUGAGGAGGUCGCCAAGCUCAUCUGGGAAGAUGGCAUCGACAUUCUCGUAGACUUGACCGGGCACACCGGGAACAACAGACUCGGUGUUUUUGCUUGCAAGCCUGCCCCAGUGUGCAUCACCUGGCUGGGCUAUCCUCACACGACGGGGCUCUCUCGGAUGGAUUACAGAAUAUCUGACGAGCAUGCUGAUCCGAAGGAUGCACCUGGCCUGACGACAGAGAAGCUCCUCUACCUCCCUGAGUGUUUCCUCUGCUACACUCCUCCAGAUGCACCUCCCGUGGUCCUGAAGCCGGCUCAAGAGUCCUAUGGCUGCGUGACGUUUGGCUGCUUCAACAACUUGGCCAAGGUGAGUACCUUGACCAUCAGACUCUGGAGCAAAGUGCUCCAUGAGGUGCCGGACGCCCGACUUUUUGUCAAGUCGAAGGCCCUGGCAUGCCCCAAAGUCCAGGAGAAGAUGCGCAGAGCUUUUGCGCUGCAUGGCAUCGAAGCUGCUCGCUUGGAUUUGACAGGCUUGCAACCUCAAACAGGAAGCCACCUGCACAUGUACAGCUUUAUUGAUGUGGCACUGGACACGGCACCCUAUGCUGGCACCACGACGACGUGCGAGGCUUUGUACAUGGGAGUACCUGUCGUGACUCUCAAGGGGCGAGGCAUCCACGCUGGAACCUUGGAUCACCAAACUCGCCUCACUUCGUGUGUGCAAUUUCUGCCUGCCGUUUCUAAGUGUGUUUGGGUUUGCGUGUCUGCGUGUCCGCGUGUCUGCGUGUCUGCGUGUCUGCGUGUCUGCGUGUCUCUGUGUGUGUGUGUGUGA